AGGUUCUGUGCCCAGCAAGGAAAAUAUAUGUUCUUGCAGUGCUGCGCAAUAUGGCUCCAGCCGCGACUAAGGUCUUGCUCUCCGACCUCGUCUCUGGCAUCGACUGCGUGCCCGACAAUUACAUCCGGCCCGAGGCUGACCGCCCGAACCUCGCCGAGGUUGAGGCCUCUGAUGCCUCCUCCAUCCCUCUCAUUGAUCUCCAAGGCCUCUUUGGUCCUAGCCAUGAUGAUAUCAUCAGACAGAUCGGUCAAGCAUGUCAACAAGAUGGUUUCUUUCAGAUCAAGAACCACGGGAUACCGGAAGAGAUGGUGCAGGCCAUCCUGAAUAUAGCCAGGGAAUUUUUCCGGCUGCCUGAGAGCGAGAGGCUGGAGACUUACUCCGACGACCCGACGAAAUCGACCAGGCUUUCGACUAGCUUUAAUCUCAAGACCGAGAAGGUGUCUAACUGGAGGGACUUCUUGAGACUCCAUUGCUACCCUCUUGAAGAGUACGUGCAAGAGUGGCCUACCAAUCCUCCAUCGUUCAGGAAGGAGGUGGGUGAGUACUGCACAAGGGUAAGAGAAAUGGUGCUCAAACUGUUGGAAGCCAUUUCAGAAAGCUUGGGGCUUGACAGGCAUUACAUAGGCAAGAACUUGGGCAAGCAUGGUCAGCACAUGGCUAUGAACUACUACCCGCCGUGCCCGCAGCCCGAGCUCACCUACGGGCUGCCGGGCCACACCGACCCGAAUUUGAUCACCAUCCUCCUUCAGGACGACGUGCCCGGGUUACAAGUCCUUAGGGAUGGAAAAUGGGUUGCUGUCAAUCCCAUUCCCAACACAUUCAUCGUCAACAUAGGAGAUCAAAUGCAGGUCAUUAGCAAUGACAAGUACAAGAGCGUGCUUCACAGAGCGGUGGUGAACUGCAACACGGAGAGAAUCUCCAUCCCGACGUUCUAUUGCCCAUCCCCGGAAGCCCUAAUUGGCCCUGCUCAGGGCUUGGUUGACCACGAACAUCCUGCGGUUUACAGGAGCUUCACUUAUGAAGAAUAUUACCACAAGUUCUGGAACAGAGGACUCAGGACUGAAUGUUGCUUGGACAUGUUCAAGACUCCCUCGGCUUAGGAUUUAUCUAAAACUUCUGUUUUACAGUUCUAUUGUUGGUGGGGAGAAACGUCAGAUCGUUCACCAGACAAAAGUUAGUGU